AUGUCGAUCUCUCCUUCUACUCUUUUCCCUCCACAGCCUUCUACCACUAGAGCCAAUUCAUUAAUCUUGUCGUACGACUCAAAGAACGAUAGAAUUGUAUACCCUCAAGGUAAAUCAGUUUUCGUCAAGGCUGUGGAUCCUAAAUCUGAAGUGCCAUCCAUUCAAUUCUCGAAACACCUUCAUUUGGUUACUGCAGCUACGUUUGCUCCCAAUGGGAACUAUGUUGCAUCCGGAGAUGAAUCAGGAAACGUCAAGAUUUGGGAUGUAUCCAUAAGGAACGAUGAGACACCUUCCUUUGAACAGCCCAGUAUCAAAAGUGAAUUUCAAAUUUUAGCCGGGCCCAUUAAGUCGAUCGCCUGGGACGCUGAUGGUCAAAGAGUAAUUGCCGUUGGUGAAGGUAAGGAUAAGUUUGGACACUGCUUCACAUGGGAUUCCGGUAACUCCAUUGGAGAAAUACAGGGUCACGCCGACACCAUCAACGCCGUUGCUAUUAAACCACAGAGACCUUAUAGGGCAGCUACGGUUGGCGUUGACAAGGCAUUGGUUUUUUACCAGGGGCCUCCUUUCAAGUUCGAUAAGAGUGUGAGAGGCUAUCAUACCAACACCAUCAGAGACGUGAAGUUUUCGCCUGAUGGUAAGUAUGUGGUCAGUGUUGGCUCUGAUAGAUUAAUUGUGGUGUACGAUGGAAAGACAGGUGAGUUUGUGAAGAAAAUCGAAAAUGCCCAUGAAGGUGGUAUUUUUGGUAUCAGUUGGGUCAAAGACGACGUUUUUGCUACUAGUUCUGCGGAUAACACUAUUAAGACUUGGAACGUAGAAGAAGCCAAAGAGGUCAACACGUACUCUGUUUCUUCGACUGUGAGUGUGGAGAAUCAACAAGUUGGUUUAGUGGUUACUCCUAAAUACUUUAUUUCCCUUUCCACCAAUGGUAAUUUGAACUACUUUGAACAUGAUUCCACCUCAAAGCCAAGUUUCAUUAUUAGUGGAGUUCAAAAUCCAAUUACGGCUGUGAGUUUGAAGGGCAAGGAACUUGUCGUUGGUAGCUCCGACGGUAGCUUGGUGAAAAUUGGAAUUGUCGACGGAAAGGGGUUUGAACCGGAACCAGUACCAUUUGGUAAGCAUGGCAACUAUGUAUCAAGUAUUUUGAGUGAGAGUGAUGACACUGUCGUCACCGCCGGUUGGGACGAUCUUGUCAAAAUAUGGAAAAAGACCGAGAACUCGAGCUCAGCUACAUUAUCUGGGCAACCCAGAAAGGUCAUCCAAUUGUCUGAUUCGACGUAUAUUAUUCUUUUUGAGUCGAAAUUAGAAGCUUACACAGAGAGCCUUGAAAAAAUUGCAGAACUCGAGUUCUCAUUCACUUCUUCGGAUAUUGACUAUGACACCAAGGAUAUUCUUUACUUAACGAAUUUGAAGGAUAAUCGCUUGGAGGUUUAUUCUCUUUCUGACAGUAAAUUUACACCUGUCAAGUCGUAUCCAUCGUUACGUUCACUUCCAGCUUUGGUCCGUGUGUCACCUAAUGGAAAAUACGCUGCAGUUGCAGACAAUUUCGGGAAGUACACUCUUUACAAUAUUGAAGAUGGUUCAGUUGUAACAACCAGAUGGGCUUUUCAUAGUGCCAAAGUCUUAGAUGCUGCCUGGUCUUCAGAUUCUAAGUACAUUGUUAGUGGCGGUUUAGAUACAGGCAUUUUAGUAUACUCUGUUGGUAGACCUGCUAAAGUUUUGAAGUUUUUAUUGGCACAUCAAACUGGUGUUUCCGGAUUGAGAUGGUCAUCUUAUGAAGAAGAAAAGAAGUCUGGCACAAUUGUUAGCGCAGGGCUCGAUGGUGUCAUUAAAUCUUGGGUAGUUGAUUUGAGUGUUUAUUAG